AAUGGCAAAUAAGCAUUCUAAUAAUGACAUAAAAUUUAACAUUCUUCUUGCUGACACUUCUAAAUCCUAAGAUCUUCAUAGCUCCUCAUUCUCAACAUAAAAAAUGUAAAAUAGCUCACAACAUGGUGGAGGUAUGCAUAUAUAAAUAAACAAUAGCGAAAAAUAUAAUACCAACGGCAACUUAUUUAUAGUAAAUAGAUGAAAAGUAUUCUUAAAUGUACAUGAAUAAGUAAAUUGAUAAAGCCAAAAAAGGCACUUCACAUAAUUAAAAGCCAAGUCAUAAUGAUCAUACUUAAGUAAAUAAUUGUAUGGAUGUUCCUAAUAAAUUUCGAUAACAAAAACAAUCCGAAAUGUUAGGAAAUAAUUCAUACAUCCCUCAAAUAUAACCUAUUGUAAAAAGCGAAUUAUUGCAGCCUUAAAAUCCAUAAUUGAACGAGACAAUAUCCCCAAUGAAGGCUCCAGUUUUAAAUAUUCCAGGUGAUAUUUCAUUAUCAAGGGGAGUCAGUGAAAGAGGACUAAAAUGA